AGGAGAACCUCCGACUCCGACACCGACGAGCGAUUCGUUUUCCAGAACUCCAGCACAUGGCGCUUCUCCGGUCCGCCGCCCGCGCGUUCCGGCUCCGGCAGCAUCUGGAGCAGCAGGGGCAGGGGCGCCUGCUGGCACGGCGCCCCGUCGAGGGCCCGAGCCCUCGCCUUCUCAGCAGCUCAGUGCCCACCGAGAGACACAAAUGUUUUCCCUCCUCAGAUCCUCGUUCAAGAGACAUGAUGGAACCCAAAAGGCAUGUAAAUGAGAAGAAGGAAGACAUUUAUCAACGACUAUCAACACAAGUUGACAAGAUUUUGGAUGGCUUGGAUGAGCAUUCGCGUUUACUUAAGGAACUCGAGGUUCGGAUAAAAAAUAAUAAUAAGCAUAGUCGAGAGAUAAACUUGACACCCGUAGCUGUGCUGGUGCCUGCCUCUUUCCUUUCGUUUGUCCUUUAUAAAUAUGUACAGGGCUGAGUUGGGAGGGGGAGAAAUGUCAGAAAACCCCCGACUUGGUGUAAACCUGAAUGCACUUUCUGUAUCCUUUGUAAAAAAUCGAGUGAUGUAGUGCAUUGGAUGUUAUAUUGCCUUACAAGGUUUCAUAAAACAAUUUGUGGUCUA